AUUUAAUUUACCUGUAUUAUGCCAGCUAUAAGUAUUACACGGUCAUUUAUAACGAAACCAUAAAGGAAGUGUGCGGCUUGGACUAGGAGGGACGUCAAAUGAAGAAUGCCGCACUAGAACUGAUGAUAUCCUGAACAUUGUGAUGAGUUUUCAACAUGGCUAUGGCUAACCAAUUAAGACAUAAACUGUGCAGCGUGGUGAGCGUGGCGGCCGUGCUGCUGGUGCUGUACAACGCGGCGGCGCACGUGUGGCUGCAGCGCGACGCCGCGUGCGUGCCCGCGCCGCCGCCGCCGCCGCCCCCCAGCUGCGAGCCGUGCGCGCAGCCGCCGCGCGCCGCGCCGCCCGCCGACCCGCUGGCCGCGCUCGACAUGCGCCUCGGCCGCUGGGACGGCGCGCGCGCCUACCGCCUGUUCGACUACGCGGCCGUCGGCUCGCGCUACGCCUCGCUGGGCGGCUCGCGGCGCGUGUGCCUCGCCACGCAGAGCUCGGUGGAGCGGCUGCACGAGCUGCUGGCGCUGGCGGCGCACUGGUCCGGCCCGCUGUCCGUGGCCGUGUUCGUGACGGGCGACGAGCUGCGCGCGCUGCGCGGCUUCGCGGCGUGGCUGCUGCGCUGCCGGCCCGCCGUGUGGGCGCGCCUGGCGCUGCACGUGGGCACGCCGGGCGCGCGGCCGGGCGCGGCGGGCGGCGCGCUGCCGGGCUGGGCGCGGGACUGCGCGCAGCCGCCGCCCGCGCCGCGCCGCCGCGCCGACACCGUGGCGUGGCGCGCGACGCACCCCUACCCGCAGAACCACCUGCGCAACCUGGCGCGCAAGAACUGCCACGGCUCGCACGUGCUGCUGCUGGACAUCGACGUGGUGCCGUCGCGCGGGCUGGCGCCGGCGCUGGAGCGGUUCCUGCGCGCCGCGCCGCGCUGCCCGCUGUGCGUGUACGUGGUGCCCACCUACGAGCUGGACCGCCGCGUGCGCGCCUUCCCGAGCGACAAGGCGGAGCUGGUGCGCCUCUCGCGCAAGAAGCUCGCCGUUCCCUUCCACAAGAAGAGCUUUUCUUUGAGCCAGCGUGCUUCAAAUUUCUCUCGAUGGGAGGCAUCGGGAGGCAAUGAAAGUGCGGAGACGCACGUGAGCCACAACGUGACCAACUUCGAGUUGUUCUACGAGCCGUUCUACCUGGCGCCGGACAGCGUGCCCGCGCACGACGAGCGCUUCCUGGGAUAUGGGUUCACCAGGAACACACAGACGUACGAGAUGUUCCUCUCGGGCUACCAGUUCCAGGUUCUAUCCCCGGUGUUCACAGCGCACUGGGGCAUCCGGCAGGCCGACCAGAUCCCGUGGUGGCGCAGGAAGGAGAUCGCCGUCAACUGGAAGCUAUUCAAGACCUUCAAGCGAGAACUCUUCGCCAGGCAUGGGAAGGAACUCAUCGAGAAUUUCCAAGAUGCUGUAACACAUGGCCUUGAUUAUAGGAAUACCAGUGUGGGAAUGGGUAACUUCAGCGUUUCAAUGAAGUGAGAUAGGAGCUAAAACGUAGUGGUUCUAUGUACCUACCUCGAUUAACAAUAUAUUUAAGAUGUAAGUACCUAAAUAACUAGAUUAAAAUAUAUUUACUUAUUAAUAUGAUUGGUUUUUUGUACUUAUAAUAAGUAAAUAAAUCAUCU